GCGGAGAGGAGAGGAGAGGAGAGCGCAUCGCUCCUUGGUGAGUGGCGAGUGUGUGACGACGGAAUUAAACUUCACCUGUUCGAAAAGAUUAUCCGUGGCCACCAAUGGAGACUUUUGUUGGAUGCUAUUUUGACUCGUGCGCAACGGCUGCGUAAAACAGUGACGUGUUACCAACAUUACUUUAAACGAUUGAAAACGCGACUCCUGCUGUGGAUAAAUCAGCGUAUGAGUGGUUGACUUUUACACACGAAGAGAACUUAUCGGAUAUUAAAUGUUUUUGACCCAAAAAAACUGGAUAUUUGGAAGCUGAGCCAGAUAGAAUAUUUACUAUUCCUUGCGCGUCGAAGCCAUGGGGUACCACGGGCGUCGAUGUGGCCAUCUCUGGCGCGCGUCUCUGAGAUGGAAGAGGCAGUGCCACUGCGAAGGAAUGGAAGUUUAAUGUUUCCACAAUUGUGCUUUCGACAUACAUUCAGUAGGAUAUACAUGUAAUCUUGUUCGCUGAAGCGUCUUUGGAAUCUAAAACAUGGCUUGCACCCAAAACGUCACUGUGCUAUGACAGGGUAAAGAAAACCACCAGUAGCAUUUGAUUUGCCGUUGUCGUGGUGUGGUGGUGGGGGCUGAGGCGAGGCGGCGGGAGGACGAUGAUCACCGGAGGCGUGGCCGCCCUGGCCGCGCUGAAGCGCCAGGACUCUGCGCGCUCGGCGCGCUCGCAGCACCACCUGCCCGUGCAGACACAGCAGCCGCCGGGCUCCGCCGAGAAGAAGAGGGCCAAGCGGAAGCCGCGCGCCGACGUGGUGGUGGUGCGCGGCAAGCUCCGCCUCUACUCCGCCUCCGGGUUCUUCCUGCUGCUCGGCCUGCUGGUGCUGAUGGCGGGCAUCGCCAUGGCGGUGUUGGGAUACUGGCCUCACAAGGACGGUGGCGGUGGCAACGGUAACCUAGGACGGCAACAGGGGAUCGUUCUCGGAGCGUUCCUGGAGCGGCACCUGCACUCGGAGAAGAUGAAGAUGCUGGGCCCCUUCACCAUGGGCAUCGGCAUCUUCAUCUUCAUCUGCGCCAACGCCAUCCUGCACGAGAACCGCGACCGCGAGACCAAGAUCAUACACAUGCGCGACAUGUACUCCACCGUCAUCGACAUACACAGCCUGCGCGCCAAGGAGCACAAGCUCGUCAACGGCCGCUCGCUGUCGUCGCUGUCGUCCGCGGCGGCGGUGUACGCGUCGGGAGCUCUGUACCACGCGGACCACGACGCGUCCAGGACGUACAACCAUCACCUGGACAACCAGUACGCCUCGCGGCUGGCCGCCAACACGCUGCUGUCGCUGUCGGGCUUCGGCAACGACGUGCGGCUCUCGCGGCGCGCCAGCUCGGCCGAGGAGGAGGAGGGGCUGCUGGGGGAGGCCAAGGGCCUGGCGUCCAGCUACCGAGAACGUUCCGGAUCCGUCUUCGGCCUGCACGCCGCCGAGGCUGGCAUCGGCGGUGGCGGAGGGCGACCGUGGGACGACCAUCGCAGCUUGAAGUCCAAGUGCCAGGCGGGCUCCAUCGUCUCGUCGUCCAUUAGCGCCUUCACGUUGCCCGUCAUCAAGCUCAACAACUGCGUGAUCGACGACGAGCCUGACAUCGAGAGCAUCGCCGAGGAGGACCCUCGGGAGUCGGGCCAGGCGCGGUCCGGCUACGGUUACGGGUCACGGCUGCUGCACGGCGGCCGACACGGCGGCCGAGAGCCCUCCAUGGAGUCGAUCGCCUCGCUCGCCGUGCCCGCGGUGUCGGUCGACCUCGCCAAGGCCUACAAGCCGCCGCCGCCGGUGCCGCCGCCGCCUAUUGUCACCCUGCUCCGCAGCAACUCCGCCAGCGAGUCCCCUUUGCCCCCCUACUGCUCCUCGCCGUCGUCCACCGGCUCGCUGUCCCCCAUGUCCACCGGUGGCGGCGGCGGGGGCGGUAGCGGUGCCAGCGGCCGCUUCCUGUCCCCCGGGGCCGCCCGGCGCUCGGACUACUUUGGCUCCAACAGCUCCAUCCACAUGCUGUCGGCGCACUCCAAGUCCCUGGACCUGGAGCCCCGUGGCGGCGGGGGAGGGGCCAGCGCGCGGGCACGGGCCCUCACGGUGCAGCCGCCGGAGCAGAGGAAGCACCCCAGCUGGCCACGGCUCGACCGCAGCAACAGCAAGGGAGGCUACAUGAGGCUGGAGGACAAGGAGGAUCCCAUGGACCGGCUGCUGGUGCCCCCUGCUGGUGCGGGGGCCUCCUCCUCCUCUGGUGCUGGCGGCAGCGCAGGCAAGAGGGACUACACCAAGAAGGAGAAGCUGCUGAUGAUCUCGCGCUCGCACAACAACCUCAGCUUCGAGCAGCACGACGAGUUCAUGAGCAGCUCGCUCAAGAGGGGCAACUCAGAGACCAGGUUUUGAAGAGGGGCAACUCAGAGACCAGGUUUUGACCGUCAAUAGGGGCAACUCAGAGACCAGGUUUUGAAGAGGGGCAACUCAGAGACCAGGUUUUGACCGUCAAGAGGGGCAACUCAGAGACCAGGUUUUGAAGAGGGGCAACUCAGAGACCAGGUUUUGAAGAGGGGCAACUCAGAGACCAGGUUUUGAAGAGGGGCAACUCAGAGACCAGGUUUUGACUGUCAAGAACUCAGAGACCAGGUUUUGACUGUCAAGAACUCAGAGACCAGGUUUUGACUGUCAAGAACUCAGAGACCAGGUUUUGACUGUCAAGGUCAAGAUGGGCAACUCAGAGACCAGGUUUUGACUGACUGACUGGCGUGCCCAUUCACGCA